AUGACCAAAGUUGUCAUGUCCUGUCAGCGGAUUUUGAUAGAAUUGUGGCGCGACCAGGCCGCAGGCCCCAUUAACGCCCUAUACAUGGGCUACAGCAUUGGUUCCAUGUUAGCUCCACUCGCCAUUAACCCAUUCCUCGCCGUUUUGGAGUUUCGAUCUGACAGUCCCGUCAACGUGUCAAGCAAUAACGUCACUCUCCAAGGAGGCUGGGAAUUCAUCGUCAUAAAAGAAUCCCGUGUGUACGUAGCGUUCGCAACCAUCGGUCUCUGCGUGGCGACGCUGGUGAUGCCGUUUUUUGUGUACUCCUUCGUUAAGUGCUUCAGACGCAACAAGAACACUUAUUCGAACAUUGACGAACCGGGAGCGAGCGCUCUUUCGCCUUCGAAGAACGACAUAGUUAAGCGGGUGCUGGCUAUCCUGAAUCCAGCGUCCUACGCUGACGGAAAUUGCAAGUUCGGGCUUACUGUACUUGUGUUUACCAUACUGCUGUGCAUGAAUAUGAUGGGUGGUCUAAUGAUGUUCGGAAAUUUUGUGAGCAUGUUGUCCGUGGAUCAGCUUCAAUUCGCUUCAACAGAGGCUUACUAUCUUGACACGGUCUACUGGGGCGGUGUCACGAUCGGGCGAUUUGUAAGCGUUGUUCUAUCUCACUUUAUUUCUAUACGUAAACUUUUCCUGAUAGAUGUAUGUAUGAACCUUGUAGCUAUAACCUUCGCGGAUAUUUUCGCAACAAGAGGGAAGAAUUUCUUAUGGAUAUUCACUGCAGCAGUCGGUUUCUUCCUUGCGCCAAUCUCUCCGACCGGUAUCGCGUACAUCAAUACGCAGAUAGAGGUAGGGGGAAUCGUGCUGACGUUCGGCAUGCUCGCUUUUGGCUUCGGCGGACUUGUGUACAUGUGGAUUGAGGGCGCUCUGUACGUAACAUAUGGACCUAGCACGGUGUUUUACACUCUGCAAUUCUGUGCGAUAUUCGUGUGUCUUAUUUCAGUUAUAUUUGUCGCAAUAACCUGGAAACGAAAACGCUCCGCGAACAACGAGGACCAGACGCAGGUUGUGACGUCAGAUCAUGACGUUGCGACGACGUCGGUGUUGCGGUACAGCGAUUUAAAUACUAGUAACUGA